GAGCUGAAAGUCUGAAUGCUGGAGAAGGUAUCUUUUUUGUGUUAAUCAUUUCUUACAGAUAGCCUGUAGCAUUGGUGACAAGUUCCUGUUUACCUUGAAGAGAUGGUGCUGAGACACAAGGUUGCUAAGAGCUGUCAGAUGACACUUGCUCACAUGAGACCAUUAAGAGGGUGUUGCCUCCUGUUUUAAAACAAGUUUGCAACUGAAGAGUCAGUGAGAAAGCAGCUACCUCUCUGUUGGAGGCCAUCUGGUUAGGUCUUGUGAUCAAAUAAUUGCUAGUUACAGAGACAUACCAGGAAGCAUGGCUAUCAGAGUUCUUCUUUGCUAGCAACAAAACUGGCAACAUUUAUAAGAACAAGCAAGUUAUUCUGUGUUUUUAAAGAAGUUAUUGGUUAUAUCUUUUAACAGUAAAUGGUUAAAUUUUAUCUAAAGAAGUAAUACUGAUUGCAGAGAAUAUUCAGUUGUGAUUAUUUUUUCUUAAAAAGGCCAAGUCAGUGCUAGCUAAUUUUUGUGUGACAUUCCUCUCAUCAGUAGCUUAUUACACAAUAAACUCCGUGGAUAUUUAACUAUAAAAUGAUUAUUUUGAAGAAAUGAUACCUAUGACAGUAUGUCUGUGAACUGAAAAUGUGUGGAGGUACAUCAAAAUCAUCGAACAGCACAGAUAACCAGGCACAGAACUCAAGUCAUUGUUCCCCUACUUCACUAGUGAAUAGCUUUUCAGAACCAAGAGUGGAUGAGGCAAAGAAAUCAGUUGUGGCGGAAAAGAAUUCCAAAUAUUCAAAGAGACUUACUGGAGAACUAUCCAAAAGCUGGUCCUGUUCUGGGUUUGAUCUAAAUGAAAUCCGCUUGAUAGUAUAUCAAGACUGUGAAAGACGGGGAAGACAAGUCUUGUUCGAUUCUACAGCUGUCCGAAAGACUGAUGAGAAACAAUUUCAGGAUGCUUCUGGAAAAACAGGUGGCGGCUGCUGCCAAAGAAACAGUGGUAUUAAUGCAGCUUACUCCCAUAGCCCUUCUAUGAACAGCAGAGAACCUGGCAAGGAAGAUAUUCCUAAAUAUCAGUAUGCCAGGCCUGCUUCAGAUGUCAACAUGCUGGGCGAGAUGAUGUUUGGUUCAGUAGCAAUGAGUUACAAAGGCUCAACACUGAAAAUUCACUACAUACGUUCUCCUCCACAACUUAUGAUGAGUAAAGUGUUUUCUGCUAGAGUAGGCAGCUUCUUUGGAAGUACAAAUAGCUUGCAAGGUAGUUUUGAAUACAUCAAUCAAGAUCAGUCAAGGCUGAAUUUGCAUCCAAGUGGCUUGGGCCAGUAUCAGAAUGGAAGUAUUUUAGGUGUGUUACCGCCAGGUAGCAACAUGUUGCUGCAUAGUAUACCUGAAGGAGGGCCUUUCUGGCUCAUCCGGAGUGCUUCUUUCUUUGCAGCACACAGCACUCCUGUUGACAUGCCCAGUAGAGGUCAAAAUGAAGACAGAGACAGUGGCAUUGCUCGAUCAGCAUCCCUGAGUAGUCUUUUGAUGACUCCAUUACCAUCUCCCAGCUCCUCUUCUAGUUACCAGCGUCGCUGGCUUCGAAGUCAAACCACAAGCUUGGAAAAUGGCAUUACACCUAGAAAGUCAAUUGAAGAAACAUUCAGCAUGGCAGAUGAAAGUUGUGGCCUCAAUCCCGCACUGAUUCGAAGGAAGAAAAUUGCCAUCAGCAUCAUUUUCACCCUUCCUGACAAAGAAGAGGCCCAGAGAAAUUUCCAGAAUUUCUUCUUCUCUCAUUUCCCUUUAUUUGAAUCACAUAUGGGCAAGCUGAAAAGUGCAAUUGAAAUGGCUAUGAUCACAUGUAGAAAAAUAGCAGAAACAAACCAAAGAGUGCAAGUUUACAUUAGCCAUAUUAUGGAUGCACUGGAUGAAUUUAGAACUACAAUACGGAAUUUAUACACAGUUCCAAGGAUUGCAGAACCUGUGUGGCUUACUAUGAUGUCCUGUGCUUCAGAAAAGAGUCUGUUAUGCCAACACUUUCUCAAGGAAUUUGCUGUUUUGAUAGAACAGAGCAGCAAAAACCAGUUUUUUGCUGCUCUAUUAACAGCAGUGUUAACUUAUCACUUGGCCUGGGUCCCUACUGUGAUGCCAGUUGAUCAUCUCUCCAUCAGGGUUUUCUCUGAGAAACAUGCCUCACCAUCUGUGAACAUGCUGGCAAAAUCGCAUCCCUACAAUCCACUUUGGGCACAGCUUGGUGAUUUAUAUGGUGCUGUAGGUUCACCAGUCAGAAUGACAAGGACAGUAAUUGUUGGAAAACGUAAAGAUUUUGUUCAGCGCAUUCUCUAUGUCCUUACAUAUUUCUUACGGUGCUCUGAGUUGCAAGAGAAUCAUCUCAUCUGGAAUGGGCAGCUUGACAAAGGAGAGCAAGCUGUGAAUGGCAGGAAAAUUAUAACAAGUCUAGAAAAAGGAGAAGUUGAAGAAUCUGAUUAUGUGGUUGUCACAGUUCAAAACGAACCUGCUCUUGUACCUCCUGUCCUGCCUCGAAGGAAGGGUGCUGCUGCUGUUGUUGCUGCAGAACCUGACUGCUGCUUUGAAUCUGGCUGCUUCAAGGGAAAGCAUGAGAGGCUUAAUGCUGAGGGCAAUUCUGAAGCAUCCCCACACUUCUCCAGAGUUAGCUCUCCGAAAGGAAUUUUAGGAGAAAUUAAGAAAGGGAAAACUGUAGUUAAUUCAGAAACCACAUGUGGAAGGCAUGGUAUCUUAGAGGAUUUAACUGCAAGAAUGAAUGAGGACAAGCAGCACAGUGUAAAAGGGCAGUUGUUUCAAAACUUGACAGCUGUUCCACAUUCUAAGAAGAUUGCCCAGGCGUAUUCUCAACUGGAAAAGGUUACCUUUCAGAUUGGAAGUUCCACCUCACCAGAAUCUGAUUCCGAAACCCAAAGAAUGGAAGUAAACAAAACUUCGGAGAAACGCAGAAGUAAAACUAAAUCUCUAUCUGCUCUAUCAAGCUCAUUACAUAUAACAUCCAGGGCCCCACAAGAGAAAUCUGACUUAUGUCUUAAAACCUGCACUAGCCAGAAAGUUAAGGAAACACAAAUGCCAAUGGCACCUUGGCUGCUAUCAGUUCCACAGUCUGUCAUUCUUGAUAGAAAAGUCAGAAUGGUAAACCUGGGAAAACUAGAUCAAGUUUAUAGUACAAGCUCUGAAAACUUUGAGAGAAAUUCUCUUGACUGUGAUUCAGGAAGUUCUACUGAUGUACAGAGGUCUGGCCAAGCAGUUAUUAAGAACAUCGCCUGUGGGGAGGUUGAAAGCAAACUCCAUUGUAGAAUGGAGGAGAACAUUCCUAGAAACGAAAGUUCUGAUAGCGCUCUUGGGGACAGUGAUGAUGAAGGUUGCACGUACAUUCCAGAUGAGCAGUCAGUCACUGUUAACUGUAGACCUGAAGAAUUUUUAGAAGUGGAACUUGCUUUGCCAAGAUUUUGCACAGUUAGCUCUCAAAGCAUGAUACAUUUUGGAAGGUCACUUCUUGGGGGCUAUUGUACCUCUUAUAUGCCUGAUCUUGUGCUGCAUGGAAUAAGUUCUGAUGAACAACUUAAGCAACAUUUAUCUGCUGAGUUGAGUCACACCAUAAAUCAUCCUGUACUAGAUGAAUCUAUAGCAGAAGCUGUUUACAUUAUAGCAGAUACUGAUAAAUGGACAGUUCAGGUGGCUACUAGCCAGAAAAAGAUGACCGACAAUGUAAAACUAGGCAAAGAUGUUCUCGUCUCCAGCCUAGUAUCAUCUUUAUUGCAGUCUGUUUUACAACUUUACAAGCUUAAUCUUUCUGCUGACUUUUGUGUAAUGCACCUUGAAGAUCGCCUACAGGAAAUGUACCAUAAAAGCACAAUGCUAUCUAAAUAUUUGCGAGGACAAACAAGAGUUCAUGUGAAAGAGCUUGGAGUGGUAUUGGGGAUUGAAUCCAAUGACUUGCCACUGCUGGCUGCUAUAGCAAGUACUCAUUCACCAUAUGUAGCUCAAAUACUCCUUUAAACUACAGAUAAACUCUUUUCUCUCAAAGAUUUGGGAGUGAAUAAUAGACACAAAAGAAGAGAGUUUGUGACAGCAGUUCAUUACAUCUCAUUUGGUUUCCUGCCUUUUAUGUGGAUAUUUAUCAGUGGAUUUUUAGUUUACAUGAUAUAAAAGGUAUUCAGGGUUUUUAUAUUGUUUAUGCAUCCUUGUAUUUUAAUGAAUGAAAGGAUUAAACAUUAAUGAUGGAUACUUUGUUUAUGUAUAGCAGCUAACUAAACAGACUAUCAAAAAUACAAUUUCCUUCUUUUGCA